UUCCGGUGUUCUGCAUGUGCAUUUCCUCAAUCGUCCGCUGUUCUGGUUGAGAAGGCCAAAUAGCGAGUGUCCGUGCACUUCACUGAGAUGUCUGCGGCGUUACGUGUGGUCUACACCGUAUCCAGGCCAGGGUCAUUUCUGGCCAGUCAAAAUCUUGCACGUCCUCUCAGCCUAUCUGCACACAGAGCAGGGAUUAAGUAUGUCAAUAAUCAGGAGGAAGCCACAGAUAUGAAGUCCAUCACGGACCGUGCGGCUCAGACGCUUCUGUGGACAGAGCUGUUCAGAGGUUUGGGAAUGACCAUGAGCUACCUUUUCCGUGAACCUGCCACAAUCAACUACCCCUUCGAGAAGGGCCCUCUGUCGCCCCGUUUCCGUGGGGAGCAUGCGCUGCGCAGGUACCCCUCUGGAGAGGAGCGGUGCAUUGCGUGUAAACUUUGUGAGGCCAUUUGUCCAGCCCAGGCAAUCACAAUUGAGGCAGAACCUCGUGCCGACGGCAGCAGGAGAACAACGCGUUAUGACAUAGACAUGACCAAAUGCAUCUAUUGUGGCUUUUGCCAGGAGGCCUGCCCUGUGGAUGCUAUUGUAGAGGGUCCCAACUUUGAGUUCUCCACAGAGACUCAUGAGGAACUGCUUUAUAACAAGGAGAAACUCCUCAACAAUGGAGACAAGUGGGAGGCUGAGAUCGCUGCCAACAUCCAAGCUGACUAUCUCUACAGAUAAAUAAAUGUCAUGGACUGUCUCAUUUCAACACAGUGACUAUAUACUCUUCACCAUGCUCUCAUACCAGUAAUCACAGUUUCAAUUGCACAUGGAAGAUUUGCUUUUAGACCGUUACUGUUGUGCUGAGUACACAUUUUCAAAGCCCAGGGACUGACUUUUUUGUGAAGAUGCACAUCAUUUUUGAUUUCUUUCUGUGGGAGCAUAAUAUAGAUUCUCAGGUCUAAAAUUAAGUUCACA